UUCUAAGUCGGCAUUUAACCUGGAUAAAUCCCAGGGCCCCACAUGGCCCAGUGGCAGCGUGGUUUCACUUUUAAAGAAGCACGAGCCAACCACUAAAGGUAAUGUUAAAAAAACAGGAGAGUUCCAGUUCUAGGAGGAACUGCAGGAGCAUGGAUUGAACUAAUCUCCCACAAAGAACAAUGAUCAACUCUGGAUAAGAUGUAAAGCACUGUUGAAGGACACUGGACAGUGGCCAAAGAAGCAAACUGACCAAAGCAGCAAAGAAUGGAGAGGACUCGACCUUGAAAGAAAGGAACUGCUCUGGAUGAAAUUCACACUAAGAUGACCUUCCUCUGAGGCCCCUCUCCAGGCUGCUUGGGGCAGGGCGGCUGGAACGCAAGGCCCAGGAAGUCAGGGAACGGCGUUCAGGCUGCCGGAGUGGCUGGAAACUGAGGGUGAAGUCUUAGAAAGAAGGGAGCUUGAAGGAGACAGCCCCAAAAUAUUGCACAUUAAUUCUAUUUUAUUAUUUUUGUAGAAACAAGGGCUUGCUGUGUUGCUCAGUCUGGUCUUGAACUCCUGGACUCAAGCGAUCCUCCCGCCUUGGCCUCCCAAAGUGCUGGGAUUACAGGAGUGAGCUACUGUGCCCGGCCCACAUUAAUUCUCAAAUCAUUAGCCUACCCCGCGAUACCCAAGUGAGACUCCAAGAAGCCCAGUGGGAAGCAACGCCUGUAAGGCUGAAGGCUGAGCAGAGAUUUCAGCUGCUGCCCACUGCAGGGAAGCAGAAUUUGGGGUCUAACUCCUGCCAAGUAGGCCCCUCAGGUUUUCCAUUAAAACCCCAGAAAGGCCUCCGCUUAGGCUCAAAGACUGUUUACCAGGACUAAGAUUCAUCCUAGGACUCGGGGUUAUAACAGUAAACAGAACACCCCGGCAUGACAACAGUAAACAAACAGUUAAAGGCUCUAGUUGGGAAAUUUAUAUUCUAGUUGGGAAAACUGCAGUAAACCAGUAAGUGUUAUGCAGAAAAAUCAAGCCAGGCUGUGGCUGGGUAGGUUAGUCAGAGAAGAACUUACUGGGUGUGUGUGUGGGGGUCACAUUUUCAGCAUGGACUUUAUAGGGGGAUUGAAUGGCGACCUUCAAAUGGUGGCUCUCAAAAAGAUGCGUCUAAGCUCUAACCUCUGGUACCUGUGAAUGUGACCUUAUUUGAAUAAAGAGUCUUUGCAGAUGUAAUUGAUUUAAAGAUCUCAAGAGGAGAGUAUCCUGGAUGAACCAGGUGGGCCCUAAAUCCUAUGACAAGUGUUUCUGUAAGUAGAGGAGACUCAAGGAAGAAGCCAUGUGAAGAUGGAGGCAGGGACUGGAGGGUGCAUCUGUAAGCCCAGGCACCGGAAGCUCACAGGGAGGCAGGGGUGGCUCCUCCCUCAGAGCCCCAGAAGAACAGCCCUCCCAAGGCCUUGAUUUUGGAUCUGUGCCCUCCAAAACUGUUAGAAGGAAGGUGGAUUCUUCAAGGGAAUUGGGGAGAAGAGAAGCACAUUCAUGUAUUUCCACAUUCUGCCUCCAUCUCACGAGUUACACAAUUCCCGGCACGUCACCACCCCCAGACCUUUGGUUACCAGACUGGGGGCAGAGGAUAAGGACGUCAUUGAAAAAUAGAGAGAUUCUCAAGUCUCCAGAGUGCCAGGGCCCAGCCGAGCAUGCUGGCAGCUUCCAGGGAGAUGGCCAUGCCCCAGAGGAAGUGGUUGCAUGGAGGAAGAAUCUCAGAGGAGGCUUGGACGUGGCAGAGCAACGCUGGUCCCGUGUUAGGACUGGCUAGUCCAUCCUGCAGGGAUGAGGGGCAGAGCCUCAGCAGAAGCCCAGGCCAGUGUCCCCCCUCCAGCAUAAGAGCCCCCCACUCCCACAGGACGGAGGAACCACUGUGAUGGCGGAGUUUAUUUCCCAGCAGCCCCAUGGGAUGGGACCCAGACUAGAAGUUAGGGUGAGUUUGGAGGACAUAAAGUGAGCUGGCUUCCCAUAUACUGGCUGUGUGGAGUGAUGUUCACGGCAACAGAUUUCCGUCUCAGCCUCAGGCCCAACCCUGCUACCCCAGCCGUACUCAGAGGCUCUGGAACUCUUACCUGGAGGAGACUCUUCUGUUACCACCAAGCCAGGACAUUUCGUGACUAGAGUCUCCUGAGGAAUUUGGGAAGACGAAGAGGAAGUCCACCUCCCUCUCUCCUGCACCUGGAGUCUCCUAUGUCCACGGAGGCCACGCCCACCCCGCCCUCAGGUGGCGUCAGCCCGGGAUCUGACCCCGGACUGGCUCACACCGAGUUGCCUCUGGCCAGUGCAGGGCUCAGCCAGGGUUGGCUUCCAGCUGACAGUGGGAGGAAUUAAUUCAUCUGACGGAAAUAUUCUUUUCUCUUCUGGGCUGUUGGUUUUUCAAGUGCAACAAAGAUUCAAUACAGCUCCAAGGAAAGAGCCAAGAAAAACAUUCCGUGCCAAAGUGAGACCCUGGAAGUGAAACCCCGGAACAAAGCUGAAAAACGGGUUCCAGUUGGGUGCCAGCAAACGCAGGACUGGAAUGUAACUUCCGGCAGCACGCAGGUGCUCCCGGGUCACCUGCUUUGUGGUCCAGCCUCCUGCCCUGCCCCAGGUGACCACAUGACCACUGUGGACUUUACCCUGACACCUUCUGGGAGGAGAAGAGGCCUGACCUUGGGGCUGGGGUCCAGUGGGCAUUGCCCUGGUCCAAGGCUGCUGCUCUUGACCUCUGCUCUGCGGCUGUUUUCCAUUGGAGCAGAGGCUCCUCCUGUCCUGCCUGUGGAGGGAAGCAAACCUUCCCCUGGACCAGAGAGAGGAGAGAGUGGAGACAGGUAGCAACGCUGUGGACUGGUGAUGGCAGGCUCUUCAGCUCCCUGCAAGUGACCGGGCCUGGGGAACAGGGCAUGGCGCAGGCACACAGGACCCCCCAGCCCAGGGCUGCCCCCAGCCAGCCCCGUGCGUUCAAGCUGGUUCUCCUGGGAAGUGGCUCCGUGGGUAAGUCCAGCUUGGCUCUUCGGUACGUGAAGAAUGACUUCAAGAGUAUCCUGCCUACAGUGGGCUGUGCGUUCUUCACAAAGGUGGUGGAUGUGGGCGCCACCUCUCUGAAGCUUGAGAUCUGGGACACAGCUGGCCAGGAGAAGUACCACAGUGUCUGCCACCUCUACUUCAGGGGCGCCAAUGCUGCGCUUCUGGUGUAUGACAUCACCAGGAAGGAUUCCUUCCUCAAGGCUCAGCAGUGGCUGAAGGACCUGGAGAAGGAGCUGCACCCAGGAGAAGUCCUGGUGAUGCUGGUGGGCAACAAGACGGACCUCAGCGAGGAGCGGGAGGUGACCUUCCAGGAAGGGAAGGAGUUUGCCGACAGCCAGAAGUUGCUGUUCAUGGAAACUUCAGCCAAACUGAACCAGCAGGUGCGGGAGGUGUUCAAUACCGUGGCCCAAGAGCUACUGCAGAGAGACGACGGGGAGGGCCCAGCCCCGCGGGGGGACGCAGCUGUGGCUCUGAACGAGGGGCCCGUGAGGCAGGCCAAAUGCUGUGCCCACUAGGUGCAGCCACUCCAGCGGGCUGUGGGGAGGACGCCCCCUGCCUGGGCCAUGGCCAGCUCCAGGUGGAUUCUGAUUCACUGUCAAUGCUGGGUUGCUCCCGAGCCCUAGAUGUUCUUGGAAGUUGGCCCCCUUUAUAAAAACCACUUCCCAUAGCCAGUGGGAACCGCCAGAGGAAGAUCUGGCGUCGGAUGGCUCCCAGGAAAGUGCUGUGCCCCAUCCCCACUGAUACCAUCUGAUUCCCCGAUGCCUGUGCCUAUCCCACCUGGACGGUGGCCCCCUCAGCCAGGCAGCCUCUGGACAGAGAGGAAGGAAGGAUUGCAAAAGUCCCCGGAGCACAGCGACGGUGGGAAGAUGCCUUACGCCUGAUCUGGGUGGGGCACUGGCCUGGAGCCUGGGCCCACCUGCUUCUGGGGGAUUGGGAAGCAGGUCAAGAUGGAGGUGGUGGUGCCAGGAAGAAACGGAGCCAUGACUGUGGGGUGGGCCCAGGAUUUCCGCAUCUUGGUGAAGUUACCCCUGGGAAGGGGCAGUGGCGCCAGUUCCCUUCCAUGGUUUCCCGGCUGGCAAUGUGGUGAAGCUGAGUUUCUGUCCAAUGAGUAGGAAGAUUCUGAGACAUUUCGCCUGAGAUGUAAGUUGUACUGCGUAUGCAUUUUUUUCUCCAAAAAUUAAAUUGCUUUUGACAA